CGCCCGCUUCGCCCAACGGCCGCCCCCGCCCACUGCGCAUGCGCGGCCUCGUGAGGAGACGGCCCCCGCCGCCGCCGGGUGCCGCCGCCAUGUCGGACCGGCUGGGCAAGCCCACCUGCCUCAUCGUCGCCAGCGCCGCCGCCGCGGGUGUGUCAGCCCAGUCCUUCCUUCAUUGCUUUACGCUGGCUAGCUCUGCUUUUAAUCUCCAAGUUGCAACUCCUGGGGGAAAGUCAAUUGAUUUUGUGGAUGUGAAUGAGAGCAACAUGCGCUGGAUACAGGACUUUCGUAUGAAAUCAUACGCCAACCCUGCCAAGUUGGAGUCAAUAGAUGGUGCUAGAUACCAUGCGCUGCUGAUUCCAAACUGUCCUGGGGCUAUGACUGACCUUGCAAACAGUGGGUACCUGGCUAAGAUAUUGCAGCACUUCAGCACUGAGAACAAGCCUGUCUGUGCGGUUGGGCAUGGAGUUGCAGCAUUGUGUUGUGCCACCAAUGAGGAUAAAUCCUGGGUAUUUCAGGGAUACAGCCUCACAGGGCCCUCUGUGUAUGAACUAGUAAGGCAGCCUAAUUUUGCCAGUUUGUCCAUUAUUGUGGAAGAUUUCGUGAAAGAUUCUGGAGCUACGUUUAGUGCCAGCAGCCCGGAUGCUGUGCAUGUUGUGCUGGACAGGCACCUGGUGACAGGUCAGAAUGAGAAUUCCACUCUUCCUGCGGUCCAGAAUCUUCUUAUUCUUUGCAACCUCAGGAAUACUCCGGGACUCUGAUAUGUGCCGAGAUCUCUGCAAUCAGGGACUACUUGCACAGAAACGUGCAGGAUCCUGCUGCGUAGGCAAGACCCACGCAUUUGGGGAGAUACAGCACUGUUUCUUCUUGGCAUCUGGGAAUGGAGGAUAGAGAGGACGUCCUUCCCCAGCCUGGAUGGAUGUGGACGUCGUACAUCAGUCACCUCACAACAUCCAGCCUGGACUGAAGAGAAAAGGCCUCUGUGCCGAAGUGGGAAACUGCAGCUGCUACCAGAGCAGGUAAGGGAUCCUGUGGCAGUGAACGUUUUAAGCAUAACUUGUCCAUCUCCUGCCGGACCACGUGGCUGUAGGUAAACGGAAUAAGGUUUGACUGUUACUGAGGCACCUUUCCCUGCCUCCUCUUCCCCUUUCACUGCAGUAUUUUAUUGUCUCUAGAGCAACUUUUGGAAUGCUUCAGAGUUGUGUGAACCCCAUGGUGUUACUGAUGCUGGCCAGCUGUGCCCCAGCUAUGUGAGGGGACGGAUCCCAUGGCUCUGCUGGUGGUGUGAGGGUGCAGGGCACUUGCCUUCCCCAGGAGGACGAAGGGGUAUUUCUCACAGAGCCUCAAAGCCUCCGACAGCCCAGCUUCAUGGGAGCAAGCCCCCAAAUUCUGCGUGCCUGAAUGCCCACCUUUUCCCAUGGUGCAAGGCCGUUUGCUCACAGAGACGUGCGGUGUUACCAGCUCAGCAGGGCUCAGUACAGACGAUUCCAGAGCAGAAAGCUUUUACUGGGGUCUUCAUUCCCCAAGCGACCAACUUUAAUCUAUUAGUAUUUUAGGGCUGACUGGGAGAUACUUUUAGAAAAAAAUGUUAGUUUCUUUCUGACUGAGAAAGCUGCAGAACAAAGAGGCUUUGGGGAAAGUGAAAGAGCAGCAAUUUGUCAGCCAGACCUUGCCUAGAAGAGACCAGUCCAGCAUAUUUGUUGCUUUGAGCUACCAGUUACCCAUGCGACAGUAGGGAUGUGGGUACCCUCUUCUAAGACUUCCCUGAAUUCUCAUCCCGUGAUGGUUCAUCCCUGUCACGGACAGGGCUUUUGUCCUAGUAAUCAUAAACCAAAAUCCAGGAUGUGAGACAUGAUUUAAAAUACGACAUAUACACAGGAUGGCAUUUGCAUUUCAGUCUAUUGGUGUGUACCAGCAACCUACACAGGGGCUUUGAUUAAGCAAUGGGUCCAUAAUGCCAUAUGCUUGGAGAAGUUUAAGGAGUCUCUGUUGGACUUCUUUUAUAGUAAGAGGGAAAGAUACAAAACAGGGACAGACCUGGGUUGUCUUCUCACGGGUGGAGGACUCCAGGCUAAAAGAGGAUCCUAGAUAUGAGAGGUGCAUAGGGAAUGUACUCCCCAAGGGCAGCAGGAUUAUCCACAGAGGAGAGACCAGGCACCUUCUGGCCAUUUCGUGAGCUAUUGGGGAGCCACAGAGAUCAGGGACACAGCUUUCAGAUGGGAAUGCCUUGAUUGCUGAGUGAAGUGCGGGAUGGAGGGGUCUGGCAAGUCAGCUUGUGUUGCUGGUGUCAGUCCAUGGACCAGAGUAGCUGCUUCCUCCCCUCUGGGCUAUUUAAGGGCUUGGAGUUGGACUUUGCACAGAUCUUUGGGCUCCGAUUAAUACAACUCUCCCAAGCUCAGUGGGGAAGGGAGGCUGGUGGUUUGCCAGGCUUAUGACAUUGUUAAAUCGUAAAUGAGAAAGGAUCCAGAGCUGCGCUCCACACUGCGGAUCAGCAGAAGAGUCGGAGAGCUGUCUGUGGUCAUUAUCGAAAGGCAGGCUAAGGAUUCACAGAUGGUGGAGGAGGUUCAGUUAGCGGUCACGUCCCUGCAUCUUCCUGGUGCUGGAGGAGAUUGCUAGGGAGGCAGCAGUGUCAGAAAAAAAAGCCCACAUUUAAAAGCUCUGUAGAGCACUUGGUAGGACUGGGGAAAAGAUGAAAGCAGCUCUCAGGUGAAUGAGUGUGUAUUUUUUAAAUUUUUGUCUUUUAAGAAGAAAAGUGGCUUGCCAGAGGUGACUCCAAAUGUUGCAGCGUGACACAGCACCUGGACACAUGGGUCACGCUUAUCUAUGUAAGGGGAUGGCAUCUUCAGGAGCUGGGCAUCAGUCCCUUGCUGACCUGUGCUGUGAUGCUGUGAGUGUGCAAAAAGCAAAUUUGCUGGGGGGGCAAACAUUUUCAGGCAGUCUAAAAGCUACUUCUGGAUUUGACCCUUUUUCAGUAGCAGCUAAAGCCUGGGGCAGAUGCAGGGAAGUGACUGUACCUCCAACGCACAGCGGAGCUGUUUCAAGAAACUGGCGUGUAGCUCUCCAUGUUCUUCUGCAGAAAAGAGACAUGUUGGUGCCCCAGGGCUCUCUGACAGCACUGCGUUCCCUUGGAAUUAUUUUUUUUUUAAUGCCAAAUAGGUACGAAUCUCAGGAGAAUGACUCAGCUAAAACAAUCAGCAAAAAGGUUCCUGUUGAUACCAGUGGGCUGGUAAAUGCAAAGCUCAGACAGACAGAUGGUCCUUCUGUGUUGCUUCUAGAAUGAAGCUGCUCUGAGGACAGAGCAGCCGGGGGUCAGUGCUAACUCAGCUGCAUGCAGCUUCUCUGCGGUAUAAUCGUGCCUGAACCCUUCCACCUGUAAGAAUGCAGUAGCAGCCUAAAAUACCUCCUAAUUCCUUUGCUAAGAAGUCAGGCGUUAGGACGUGCUUGUGUUGGUGUAAGACAAGUCGUGGCAGGCUGAGAAUCAUCCACCCAUCCAGGUGAAGUUAGAGCCUGUAGAGGGGUUUAUCGCCUGUCAGCGAACGUGAGGAAGAAAGAUCCAUUUUUCAGGGAGACCAGCAACAGCUCCAGUUCUUCCUCUUCAGAAGAUGGGAAACGCUUGAGCUCUUCGUCACUGACACUGUGUUUAAUGUUCCCCCUUUGCUAGAUUAAGUAGGCUUGUUGCUGUGGGGAAAUGUUUUUGUGUGGCUGAGGAUCCCCAUCCUACCCUGUCAUCUGUUCUGAUUGUUGUAACAGCGGUUUUUAGAAAACACGUCGAAGCGCCUGCUCGUGAGUUGUGUUGUCUUUCCAAAGCAGUCUCUGGUUGUUCUGGCUUGCCAUGGGUCUCGCUGCUCUGUCAUCUGUGUAGCUGUCAGCGCUGUGCAGCUUGAUGAAAGCUGUCCCAGGGAAAUGCAAUUCUGGACCAGCUGAAAGCCUCAUUCUCUUACCCGAGGAAGUCAUGGCUUCAUACUUCUGUAACUGUUAACAGUUGGAGCCGAACUUGCCUGUUUCGGAAAUCGUGGUCUGCUAAGAAGCUAGACCUCUCUUUGUCUCAUGCUCUGGAGCAGAAAACCUGUUGAGAAAGCUGGAUCCAAAGCCUACAGGCUCAUCCUUGAAGUUCUUUUCAGCAGGAUACAAAUGCUCUGUUGACAGUUUGUAAGGACUGUAGCGAUCUAAAUCGCAGCGCGCGCUGACUUGCAACGGUAGGUCAGAUGGCUGUGUGGUGGUGUAGGGAGGUGGGGACAAGGUAAAGCUUUUAAUGCUGGCUUGGCUUUUGAAAGGAAGGGAAAGAGGUCACUUCCCUCUGGAUAGCUUGGUUUCUACCACGGCCUGCUUCUCACCGCUCCCUACAGCUGAGAGCAGAGAGGUCUGGGUCAGUCCCCUGAGGCAGCUUCGUCUCUGGUUAGACUGGCAUCAUUCCCAGUGCUGCGUGGGGCAGGUCACCGCACAGACGCGUCUGGCAGGGUUCUGUCCUCAGACCCGCGCCUGGCUGGUGAGCACAGAGCCCGCUGUCCCUGCGGCUGACACAGUGGUUCCCAGGUUGUUACAGCAGUGUCCUCACAAUGGUGCUGCUGUGUCACACUGACGUUAGUGAUCAGAUGUUCCCUUGGCUUGUUUUCUUUCUAUUAUUCAAGCUGGAUAUAGCGUGUGUGUAUAAAUAUUGUAGCCUUAGUGAUACUUUUUUUUUUUUUUUUAAUUAAGAGGUUAAGUUCAGGCAACUCUAUCAGGAAGUGGUUAAUUGUGUCUACAUAUAAACAGGAACCUCCUGUCUACUCUUGAUGGAACUGGACCUAUAUAAACUAAUAAGACAUAUUAGUCUUAAUGAAAUACAGCAUGAAAUGUAAUCGGAUGCGUCCCAACUUAAUAGAAGAGCCCUGUAAUUGGUAAGUGCUGUGUUAGAAUUAGGUCACUCCUGAGGGAGGCUGCCACACAGCUCUUCCUCUUUUCCAAAAGCAGCAACUUGAGAACAAUGAGGAAAGGAGGGGAUGACAGAACUUAAAAAAAAACCACCAAAAAAACCCACACAAAAAACCAAAACACAAACCAACACCCACACAAACCCCCCACAAAAUCCCCAAAGACGAACCCCCUUCCUCUGUGAGGUAGGGUUGGCAGCAGUUCCAUGACUGUUGCAUAAAGAAAAGCAGUAACUCCUCCAAAGACAAUAUACAAAGCUCUUAGCAGCUGAUCUUGAGUUGUAUCCACAUGUUCACUCUGUCAGCUCACAUUAACCAAUUGUCGAGUUAUUUAUUAACUGCUUGAGAGACUUAGUUACUUAAUUUUGAAACUGUAGCCUUCAGUAACAUCCAGGGUAGUUGUAGCUUAUACCUGUGUUGUAAUCCCAGUGGCAUUUUUAGCUUCAAUCAAUUCCGUGUUCUUGCUGUUACCUUGCGUUGGGCUCUUAGGUAAGUGGUAAACAGAACUGGUAUUUGAUAAAAUUCCUAAAAAUUGCUUAUGAUACAGCUUCCCCCCCUCCCGUUAAAAAGCCUUGACAUAGUAAUUAUGAUGACAUUCACCAGGUUUGGCAACCAGUA